UAUGUACAUUAUAAGCAGUAAAUUCAUAAAUCUAAUCUCGUCUACCUGAUUACCAACACGUCGCUGUGUGAAGUGUCUUGUUUGCUGGUUCUCGCCAAAAUCCUUCAGUUGGUGUUCCAUCGGGCGGCAAGUUAGUUGAACAUCAUCAAAAAUAAUUGAAAAGAUGAAGGGUCCAACGCUGAAUUUGAUGGUCGGCUGGUGUCUUCUUCUCGUCACGAUCGGCCUCGUUUAUUUGCCAGCAAUCGCGCACGCCAGUUUGCAGUACUACGAUGGUUCUCCUAACGGUGAAAUAGCAAACAAAAUGAGCUACAUGGAAGGCCAAAUAAGGAACGCUGUGGGUUCAGGUUGUUCCAAUCAAGUUGGUAAUCUAGGCACAUACAUGGAAUCCAUCUGGUGGCCGAACAUCCAGUACCUGGCGUCGAGGACGUCGGCCGAAGAGCAACAGCAAGUGCUCAGAAACUACGCCAAUCUUCAGUACAUGAUGGGAACGAGGAAAUGCCAAUCGGAUCAAGAAACGUUUUACGAGGGGCAAUGCUAUCCGGUCGGAACAGCGGACAGUCCGUGCCCUAGAAAUCAGCAACUGUACGACAGGCCGGACAACAUGGGCUAUUGCUAUUGCCAACGGGGAUUGAGCAAUUACGUUUACAUGGACGGCGAGUGUUACCAGGAGAACGAACAGGGACCUUGCGAAAACGACCAAUGGCUCAUUGUGAAUGCGGAUCGGACUCCUUCGUGCCAGCAGAAGCCGCGAGCGUGCCCGGCUGAUGGCCAACACAUUUACUGGGGUUGUGGCACCAACACGCAAUGCCAACGUCAAACGAGAACCAACAUGGCGAUGAAAUGCAGCCGAUUGGGCAGUCAACAACCUUCGUGCGGGACCGGGGCGAAAUUGUACCGUAGCGGGUCGACCUACCAUUGCGGCCGGCCCAGAUUGACGGUCAACGAUUGGAUGGAACCGAAUAUUAUUUUGCCAUCAGUCGGUCAGCAGACGUGUUCUUCCGGUCAGCAAGUACCGUCCAUGCAGAUUUCUAUCCCACAAAUGCCCUCACCGUUUCGCCAGUGUCCUAGGGGCUAUUCGCGAGGCUGGAAUGGCCGCUGCAGAAGAGCCAUGUAAUUCAGCAUCGAUUAUAGCGAUAUGCAAAUAGUAUCACUUCUUUAAAAAUAGCUUUGGCUCUUUGCGUAUCGAUGCUGUGGUUAAUAAACCCAAAAUGGUUUCUGAAUAAACGUUGGAAAAAAUGUAA